CCCGCGCAUGGGCGGAGGAUCUGCCGCUGUGCGCCGCUGCUGCCGUUAUUACCCUGACUCUAAAUUCCUCUUUUUGUUGUGUGUGUGUGUGUGUGUGUUUUUUAAACGAAAAUGGCGUCCAGUCAAGGAGGCGUGGGAGCUGUCACGGCUCUCCAGAACCACCACUACUCACCUCACUGGAACCCGGGUAACAAUCAGUACCAGCAGCCGCAGCAGCAGCAGCAUCAGCACCACCAGUACCACCACCACCACCAGCAGCAGCAGCAACAGCAGCAGCACCACACGGCCCGGAGUCUGGAGAGAGCUCUGGAGGAUGCCGUGUGCUCGGGGAUACUCAACCUGAGCGGGAGGAAGCUGAGGGAGUACCCGGGGGUGAGCUACGACCUCACGGACACAACACAAGCAGAUCUGUCCAAGAAUCGUCUUUCAGAAGUCCCGCCAGAAGUGUGUCUCUUCGCCCCGCUUGAAUCCCUCAACCUCUAUCACAACUGUAUCAAGUGCAUCCCAGAAGCCAUCAUCAACCUGCAGAUGCUGAGUUAUCUUGACAUCAGCCGGAAUCUAAUUUCCGUUUUGCCCAAGCACCUGUUCAACCUCCCCCUCAAAGUUCUGCUCGUGAGCAACAAUAAGCUGGUGUCCAUCCCUGAAGAGAUCGGCAAAGCCAAAGAACUAAUGGAACUAGAUGUCAGCUGUAAUGAGAUACAGGUGCUGCCUGCCCAGGUGGGACGUCUGCAAGCCUUACGAGAACUGAACAUUAGGAAAAACUGUCUGCAGAUGCUUCCUGAAGAAUUAGCCGACCUGCCUCUCAUUCGGCUCGACUUCUCCUGCAAUAAGAUCACAGAGAUUCCAGCAGUUUACAGGAAACUCAGGCAACUGCAGCACAUCAUCCUAGAGAAUAAUCCUAUGCAGUCUCCUCCAGCACAGAUUUGCCUCAAAGGCAAAGUGCACAUUUUUAAGUACCUGAACAUCCAAGCAUGCAGGUUAGAUAAGAAGCCAGACACCCUGGACCUCCCCUCCCUCAGCAAGCGUUGUCUUCCGCAGCCACUAACAGACAGCAUGGAAGACUUUUAUCCGAGUAAGAACCAUGGGCCCGACUCUGGAAUUGGGAGUGACAAUGGUGACAAGAGGCUGUCUACAACAGAGCCUUCAGAUGACGACACCGUCAGCCUCCACUCUCAGGUGUCUGAAACAGCCCGCGCCGACGCCUUCUCACUCCUUUCCAAAAUGGACUCUUGCAAAGAUCAGGAUCUGUAUGACUUUAUAGAACCCAACCCCGAUGAGGAUCCUGCUCUGUCAGAGUGUGACGGACAGCAGAACUGUCAUGUGUCGUGUAUUAAGGAACUGGAAAAAGUUCUUAACUUAUCUCAUUCAAGCAAAGACAAAGAGAGCUGGAAAGAGGAGUCAGGCUCAGACAAGGAGCAGCUCCUUGAGGAGGAGGAUGACGAGCUGAAGGAGGUGCUGGAUCUGAGGAAGAUUGCCGUUCAACUUCUGCAGCAGGAGCAGCAGAACAGACGACGCUCCUUAAUUUGCAGAGCUGAAAGUCUCAUCCAUCGUCGCAGAGUGACAGGUCGGGCGCACAGGUUCCUAAGUCACUCUGGGAGCUCCAGCAGCAAAGCAAGGCAUCCUCUUCAGCCACGCAGUGCUUCCUUGGAUGAGGGAAGAAGUGACGCAUCAAUACUUAGUGGACAGCCCUCGUCGUCCUGCUCUUUCGAUGGCAACCUGAAAACAGAUCAAUCGGACUCUGAGUCCAAAUGGCCAUUGGUCCCGCCUGUUCUCAAUCAAAAUGAAGAUCGUAAGAGGAACAAAUACCUGAGAAAAGAUUAUCUCAAGUACAAAUGCCAGAGUGCUCGGAAAAGCUGCUGCGGGAAUGACAACUGUGAGGAGAGCUUGCGUAACUCUGAUUUCAGCAGCACUCUGACCGUGUUUGGACUCAAGCCACGAUCAGCCUUCACCCGAGGAGGUCAUCAGGAGUUCAGCUCGACGGAGCCCAGCUUCACCAUGAGGAGAAAGAUGGAGCAUUUAAGAGAAGAGAUUGAGCAGAUAGGACUCCUACGACAGAACAUUGAGUCCAUACUGAAAGUGUUGCUUCCCGACGAUGUUGGGGGCGCCCUGAUGGACGGAGUGGUUCUCUGUCAUUUAGCCAAUCACAUUUGUCCUCGCUCUGUGGCCAGCAUCCAUGUGCCUUCACCUGCAGUGCCGAAGCUCAGCAUGGCUAAAUGUCGUAGGAAUGUGGAGAACUUCUUGGACGCCUGUAAGAAAAUGGGAGUCCCACAGGACAAGCUGUGUCUUCCCCAUCACAUCCUGGAAGAGCGCGGCCUGGUGAAGGUGGGCGAGACCGUGCAGGCUCUGCUGGAUCUCCCCGCCAUGAAGCCCACGCAACUGUCAGCUGCUUAACCCCCACCUCCACCCCCAUGAGAAGACCCUCUCUUGACCCGGUGGCCCGUGGGUCUUUAGGCGUCUGCUUGUGUGCCUGACUGAAACAGUGGAAGGUGAAAUUCUCUCGCUGUGUAUGAUGUCACGACGCGCUCCCGUCCAUCACAGUUUUGAUUUCUUCCUACUUGGGUGCACCACUGGGACUAAUUUGGACAAGUCAGUGGGUCCCUCUUUCGGUGCUCCGUGAGCUCCCACAAGUGCCCGCCCACGAGCAGUUCUUUUUGCGCCAGGUCCCGACUGUGCACCCUUUUUACUCCACACAGCUAACUUCUCUGCCAAGCUGAGCGCUCUACUGUUAACAAACUUUGCCUUUCAAAUGCAUGACGACCGCAGUUGGUGUUGAAGUCAUGCCAUUGCCAACCUUUUCCGAACUGGUGUACAAAUCUUACCGUAUAUGACCACUGUGAUGACAUGUAGCCCACUGGGGGGUUGGUUUAACAGCAUUUUUUUUUUACAUUUACUUACAUUUUUCUACACUUUUUAUACUUUGCCACACUAGACACAAGUCAGUUUGUGUUUGUUUUUGCUUUGGAUGCUUCCAAAAAAGCACAAUUUGGCUAUGCUGCAUGCGCCGUCUCAGUGAGUUGUUUUUCUACCUAUGUGUUAUUUGUGCGACUGAUCAUGAUUGUUGCCACAACGCAGUCUUCAUCAAUAACCAUCUCAUUUUUUUCUCGUAACAUUUUCUGGGUUUUUACUGCCAAAUAUUUUUCUCCCUUCCCUUCAUAUAGUUUCUGUAUCUGACAAAGGUGAGUACACCCCAACAUGUGUAUUUGAUCUUGCCAAGGGACAAUGCUGCUAAUAUGGGUGUUCUUGAUCUGGACCCAGGAUGCAGAGACUACGGGCAAAGUGCAGGUAAAAAUAUUUCAUUAGGGAACACAUAACAAAACUAUAGUGCUGCAGGGAAGAGCACAGAAGAAGAGGGGCUGGCAUAAGAAGAUUCUUGAUUGACAGCCGUGGACACCCCUGUCAACAGGUGAGGAAAACAGUGCUCCAGCCAAAGGGAAAAUGGAAAUAAGGAAUAUAUUACAGGAAACUUGUAAUAAAAUCCAAACUGUCAUGAGAGCUCAUGACCAAUUUAUCUUGAGACAACUUUAGAGUAACCUGUGUGCAACCUAUAUAGACGACCUUUGCAGCUCUAUGCCCAAAAGAAUUAAGACAGUGCUCGAUAUCAAUGGGUCUCCCAUUUCCACUCAAUUGUGUUACUUAGUAUUGUCCCUUGAGAUUAAAUGUGAGGGGUGUCCUCAUGUUUGCAAAAUAUAGUUGCAUCUUAAAUACACAAAUUUGGGUGAUUACAGUAGGCAACACUUUAUUUUUUUUCUGUGAGAAUCCUGUGUGUGGCUGAAGCAUCAAUGAGUGGCACUAUCCAGGACUAGUUGCAGCGUGCUCAAACAACCCCCAGGUAGCAUCUGUGAGCAGAAAAUACUGUAUCAUCUCUUAUCGGGUCAUAAGUGCAUUUUUCAUUCUUCCCCCACGCCCUCUCAUUAGAGCAAAAAUACAGUGUUACCUCCUGUAGUGUGUGACUUAACACUGUUGUGAUGCUGUUACUCAACCUCGCUAAUUGUACGGCAUGUUUUGUAAAAGGCCUAAGUAUGGCUUAGAUUUAGGUAAUUACAUCUGUGUUGGCCCUGCGAUGAGAUGGCGACUUGUCCAGGGUGUACCCUGCCUUCCGCCCGAUUGUAGCUGGGAUAGGCGCCAGCGCCCCCCGUGACCCCGAAAGGGAAUAAGCGGUAGGAAAUGGAUGGAUGGAUGGACACCGUCUGCCUUGCUUCCUUUUAGUGACGCAUGGAUGUGGAUUCGGGUACCUCUAGUGCUGCUUAUAUGAUGAUUAGUUUUACGGGGAAAUUACCUCCAUUGCAAAAUCUUUGGAAUGAUUCAAAGUUGGAAACUCCAUGGGAGCUUACGUGAAUAACUUCUGCACAAUUGCAGGUUACACCGUUUAGGCUAUGUUCUUUCGAACAACAGGCCUGGUAUUUUUGGUGGUUGAGAUGAUAUGACAUAGUUCGAGUACGAAUCACAAAUACACAAAAGUAAGAAAGCAUACUUUUAAAAUGAAAUAUGAGUACAAGUGAGCCUAUCUAAUAUUUGAAUACGUGCCUCUUUCCAACCUAAUUUUCCCUUUUGAAUUGAAACGUCAUGUUCUUCUGUUUUUAAUAGUUUCUUUUAAAUUAAUGUUAUUGAAACAUGUUUCUUAAAAGCAAUAUUUGAUUCUGAAGUUCUGUAUUUACACUUUUCUCCAGCUCAUAUUUGAAUGUACUACUUUGUCUGCUUCCUCUAAUUAUUUGACUCACAUCAUUAGAAGAAAUGUUGCAUUAAAACAUUUUUACCUUUAAUUUGCAAUUUACAUAUAAUGUUUAAAUAUUGUCCACAUCUUGUCCCUUUUUGCUGUUUUCUUUAAUAAGCAUUAACAUAUUUCUUUAUGCAACAAUCAAAAGUUGGAUUCAUGUUAGCAAUGUUAGUGAACCACAAAAUGUAAUUAGAUGAAAAGGGGGAGAAAAGAAAUGAAACCAAUGUGCAGACUACCUCAGAUGUCACAUGCUUUGACUUCCACAAAUCCCCCACAAAUCAGCAUAACUGAUAAGGAUGACACUGCUGAUAGCAAUCAUUGCUUGCCAGAGAUGGGAACCGACUGGUUAGUCAACGUUCAGCCCAUUCGAUUUGCUGACAUAUGUAUAUCAUGACAAGAAAAUAGAUAUAAACGUAUCAAAACAUUAUCAAGCUCAUCUUAAAAUGAGUUAAAAAAAAAGGUUAUGAGUCAACUAAUGCUUUACCUGCUUUAUAGCACCAGGAUGAAAUCUGUGAUUUUUAAAUAUAUAUAUAUUUAACAGCUUCCUAACAGGCACAAUACAUUAAAACAACGUGGAGCACUAGUUGAAUUAGGUCCUGACGUUGAGCAACUCAAACCUAUAGAACAACAUGCUUUUUGACAACCUUUAAUCAAUGUUGGUUUCUAAUGUUGAUUUGACCAUUCAAUUUUGGUCAUUUCCCAACCAAUAUUCUACAACGUUGAAACAACAUGCUUUUUGACAACGUUUAUUCAAUGUCAGGUUGAGACGUUGAUUUGACCAUUGAAAUUUGGUCAUUUCUCAACUAACAAUGUGGAUCCAAUGUUAGACAUGAACGUUGUCUCAAUUUAUAAAUAGAACUAUUUUUCAGUUUAAAAAAAGAUGUAUGCAUAAUCAACAAUGUAUCAAUGUCUUGUGCCUGCCGGGUUAGCAUACAUUCUUUUAUAUUGGAUUGAGUUCAAGGAGGUUGCAUGUUCUCCCCGUGACUGCAUGGAUUCCCUCCGGGUACUCCGGCUUCCCCCCACUUCCAAAAACAUGCACCUGGGGAUAGGUUGAUUGACAAUACUAAAUUGGCCCUAGUGUGUGAAUGUGAGUGUGAAUGUUGUCUGUCUAUCUGUGUUGGCCCUGCCAUGAGAGGUGACCUGUCCAGGGUGUUCCCCGCCUUCCGUCCGAAUGCAAGGAGACCCCCAAAGGGCCAAAUGGUAGAAAAUGGAUGGAUGGAUGGAGCUCUAGUACCCCAAACAUGCUCAAGGAUUGGUAUUACCCAGACCCUUAUUUAUUUGUUGUGGCCUGCCAAAAACUUAGUAUAGACUCAAGUGAACAAGCAGUGAAGAUUAGAAAAAAUACAACUCCUUGAUUUUAUUUUCUUAGCAUUUUCAUCAUUCAAGUUGACUCAUCACUGUUGCACAUCAACAGCUGUGAGGUGUUCAAUGUGGAAGUGUUACGUUCAUGAAUUUAUCCCAACAGUAAAAAAAAAAAAAAAAGGAAGCAUAAUCACAACAGCAGACAGACACUGCCAGGGGUUUAUCAUUAAUUAUGUGCUGUAUAUUUACACCUUUUUAAAGAAAUAGUACAUGUGUGCAUGUAAUAAUGACAAAUGCUCUGUAAAUAUCAUCUGUAUAAAUCCCUGCUGUUUUUUACAAAAAAUAUGACACUGACAAAAUAAAUUAUUUGCUCAAUA